AAAAAUUGUGGGAAUUGUACAAUGGCGCUCAAAGUUCUCUCUGAUCUCGACUCGGCAAGAACACAAUACUAUCAUUUCAAGGCCAUAAUCGUGGCGGGAAUGGGGUUGUUCACUGAUGCUUACGACCUGUUUUGUAUUCCUCCGAUCAUGAGACUCCUCGGCCGCAUCUAUUACGGUGAUAGCAACAAAUAUGAAGGCGAUCAGCUUUAUGAAGUCUCGGCGGUGGUGACUUCUGUCAUGGUUGGCAUGGCCCUCCUCGGGACCGUUAUUGGGCAACUGGUGUUUGGUUACCUCGGGGACCGAAUAGGGCGGCGGCGCGUCUAUGGUCUGGCACUCAUGCUGAUGGUCUUGAGCUCCAUCGGGUGUGGAUUAUCUUUAAGCACGUCCAGGACUUUUGUCCUUCUCUCUCUUAUGUUUUUCAGGUUCGCGUUGGGUGUGGGGAUCGGGGGAGACUACCCAUUGUCUGCGACUAUUAUGUCAGAGUUCUCGAACCGGAAGACACGUGGUGCGUUCAUAGCUGCAGUUUUUUCCAUGCAGGGGUUUGGAAUUCUGGUGAGCUCCACUGUGACUAUGAUAGUUUGUGCUAUAUUCAACCGGGCAUCAAAUUAUCCGGCACCAGACCACACGCCGGAGUCGGCAGACCUGGCAUGGAGGCUUAUACUGAUGAUCGGUGCUGUGCCGGCGGGGUUGACUUAUUACUGGCGGAUGAUGAUGCCUGAGACUGCCAGGUAUACAGCUUUGGUAGAGAGAAAUGUAAUACAAGCAGUCAAGGACAUGCAAAAAGUGUUAGACGUUUCAUUGAGUCAAAUUGCAGAGGAGAGUCAACCAAGUCCACCAUCUUAUUCCCUUUUCUCCAAAGAAUUCCUUCGCCGCCAUGGACGCGACCUUUUCUCUUGCGCUGCCAACUGGUUCUUAGUCGAUGUCGUUUUCUACAGCAGCAACCUUUUCCAAUCCAAAAUAUAUGAAAACGAUAGUUAUCUUCGGCCAAAGGGCAAAGUAAAUGCCUUUGAAGACGCCUUUCAGUAUGCAAAACUCCAAGCAAUUAUAGCAAUCUGUUCCACAAUCCCAGGGUAUUAUGCAACUGUUUACUUUAUUGAUCGAGUUGGGAGAGUCAAAAUCCAAAUAAUGGGGUUCUUUUUCAUGGCAAUAGGCAUGUUUGCUAUAGGAAUACCAUACGAUAUAUACUGGGACAAACAUCCCAAUAUAGGAUUCUUGUUUUUAUAUGGUUUAACAUUUUUCUUCUCAAAUUUCGGACCAAACACAACCACUUUCAUUGUUCCCGCUGAACUUUUCCCUGCUCGAUUCCGAUCAACUUGCCAUGGGAUUUCAGGAGCUGCAGGGAAAAUCGGUGCAAUUAUUGGUUCAGUCGGGUUUUUAUGGGCUUCUCAAAAUAAGACAAAGAACGGUUAUACUAAAGGAAUUGGAAUGACAGCCUCUCUGGUGAUCUUAGGUGGGAUUUGUAUUCUGGGAAUGAUUGUUACAUAUUUCUUCACUCGUGAAACCAAAGGAAGAUCACUUGAAGAGAAUGAAAAUGAAGAUGAAACCACUGGUACAUGCUUCUUGCGUUGCUUUACAAAUCCGUGCAUCUGUCGACAAGCAUCUAACAAUCAAGUUAGUGAUGCUUAGAGUAUCACAGCUCAAGUGAUUCACCAAAUCGAGUUCUUUCAAGAUUGAAUAGCUCAACGUUGAGAUCUAUCAAGUAAGGUUGUGGCGACAGGACCUGAAGAUAUCAGAAGUCAUAUAUAUGAUUUAUAUCUGCUUCUUAAUACUUCAUGUAUUUUUAUUUUUAUUUUUAUUUUUGUCAUGCUCUUUGUCAAAUCUCUUCUCUGCUGUGUACAAUGACAACUGGUCAGGUUUUAUUAGAUACUUGGAUGUAAGGAUAUGGAAGAAUUCUGUAAAUGAGUUUGUGACGAGUGAGUUUUUGAUAUUUCAAAGCAGAAUAAUGACAAAAAGUAAUAAAAAUGUGUCAUAUACAUUUGCAAUAUUGUAAAGAUGAUAUUGUAUGUCGCUUAUCAUUAAGGUGUUCGAGCUAAACAUUAA